AUGUUCUAUCAAAUAGUAUUUUUAUUAACUGCUUUUAAAUUGAUUUUUAUUUCAUUAUACCAUUCAACGGAUUUCGAAGUACAUCGGAAUUGGUUAGCAAUCACUCAUAAUCUUUCAACUGAUCAGUGGUAUUAUGAUACAACAUCGGAAUGGACAUUAGAUUAUCCUCCGUUUUUCGCUUGGCUGGAAUGUGGGCUUUCAUACAUAGCAAAGUAUUUUGAUCCUGAAAUGGUAAAAUUACAAAACAUAAAUUAUGAGUCUGGGAUGACAGUUGCAUUUCAAAGGCUGUCUGUUAUCUUUCUAGAUUUUUUAUACAUUCUCAGUGCAAAAAGUUGUUCUAAUCUCGUAGGAAAUGGAAAGCUAUUGAUGUUCAUUUUAUUGGUUGCAAACCCUGGCUUGUUGAUGGUGGAUCAUAUCCAUUUCCAAUAUAAUGGAUUUUUGUCUGCAUUUCUGUUGUUUUCUAUUUCAAACAUGAUACAGGGAAAAUAUCUACAGGCAGCAAUUUGGUUUGCAAUACUGCUCAAUUUGAAGCAUAUUUAUUUGUAUAUAGCACCAGCCUAUAUAGUGUAUUUAUUGCGAGCAUAUUGUUUUACUGUUUCAUCAACAGAUGGGGUUCAUACUGCUUGGUAUUCAUUUUCUAUAAGAAAUUUGACUAAGUUGGGCAUUGCAGUUCUGUCAGUUUUUGCUCUUUCAUUUGGGCCGUUUAUUCAGCAUCUACCUCAGUUGUUAUCAAGACUGUUUCCAUUUAAGAGAGGACUGUGUCAUGCUUAUUGGGCACCAAAUUUUUGGGCCUUGUAUAACUUUGCAGAUAAAUUAUUGCAAAACAUUUUGCCCAAAUUUGGAAUAGAAGUGACUGCAAGUGAAGCUUCCAUGACCGGAGGGCUAGUACAAGAGUAUAAUCAUGUUGUCCUUCCAUCAAUAAUGCCGAGUGUAACAUUCGUAUUAACAGUUUUGUCAAUGCUUCCCGCACUAGUUAAGUUAUGGUAUCUUGGAGCAGAUGCAAGAUAUAGAAGUGUUAGUUUUGUAAGAUGCUUGACCGUGUGUGCAACCUGUUCAUUCAUGUUUGGCUGGCAUGUCCAUGAAAAAGCUAUUUUGAUGAUAUUAAUCCCAUUAAGUUUUUUAGCCAUAUUGGGAGACGUGGACGGAAGGCUAUUUCUGUUCGUGUCUACAGUCGGUCAUUAUUCGCUUUUCCCCUUACUUUAUCCAAAAUAUCUGUUUGCAGUUAAAAUAUAUAUGUUGUUAACGUAUUGUAUUAUUACAUUUGGGACUACAAAAACACUAAAUAAGAAAACGUCAAAAAACUUACUUUUGAUUUGUGAAAUCACUAAACGUCCUCUCACGCAACCUAACCACGGGUGGCGCGCCUGGCGACUGAAUGCAAGUGAGGGUAGGGUCACCAGUUAUCACCUUACGGCAGCGAAGCGGUAUUUGGCUAUUGGAUAA